AUGGUCAUCGAACCCAUAAUAACUUACGGGGCCUCUGUUUGGGGCCACGCGGCCACCAAAAAGUACAACAAAAAGCUACUUGCAAAAACACAACGUGGGUUUGCGUUGAGAGCUACCAGGGCUUUUAAAAACGUAUCAACUUACGCGGCCGUCGCUCUCGCGGGAUUCGUUCCCUUAGACCUUAAGGUCCUUGAGUCCCGCGAGAUCGAAGGGGCGCGCAUCAAAGGGUUAAGUAAGCAUAUACCAGAUGUUCAGUCAUAUUAUGUUACAAGAAAAAACCUAAGAGCAAAAGAGGGCGGAAUCCAAGUUGAAAGAAUUAAGAAGGCUAAAGAUGGAAAAGUCGUGGUAGGGUGCAAAACAGAGCGUUAA